AAUUUAGUUUGAAAAUUAAAAGAAAAAAUGUUUACCAAUAGCUAAUACCUAACGUUCAAAAAAACUUGCCAUUCAAUUCCCCGCCAAUCACUAACGAAACGGUUGGUUGUUGCAUCCCGAAACCUACUAGUCUUCUCUACUCUGCCUUGUCCCCCUCAGAUCCAUUGCCUCUUGCUGCAUUUCUCCUUGUGGUGGUCCAAAGAGCAACCAUGUAUAGACCAGGGCUCUUCCCAGCUUCCAGCUAUACUCAACAUCAACGGUGGCAAGAGACUUGUGCACGAUUGCUAGCUCCUCUGACUAUAUGGAUAUGUGUGUCAGUAAUCCUCCGAUAUGGCUACUAUGGGGAUUGUCAUAUGGUGCUUGGACCAAGCUCUUCUCGAUUGAUGAAAGCUAGCUCUGUGUUUGUAAAACAGGUUGAAGUAAGAGAUGAAAAUGGGAAAGGGGUUCUUCUUUAUGGGUUUUCCGAGAAGCCAGAAUUAAGCAAGGAAACAAAUUGGAACGCUUCGAAUUAUUUGAUUGUUAGAUCAUAUGGUCGAAAGGGAUACUCUUUGUGGUUAAACAAGGGUUCUAGGAUUUACAUAAGAUGGGCAACUCAAACCAGCAGAUUAGACAAAAUUGAAGUGACUCUGAUAAAAGGAGAAAGAAAACGAGAAACAUUGCUGCCAAAAAUGACGGUUUCAUUUGAUGCCCUUUUCCUGAAUGAACAAGUGAUUGGUAAAGAAGCGGAAUACUCCAUUGAGGAAGAUGACAAGUACUAUGUAGGUGUGAUUAACUCGAAUCCUAGAAGCAUAAUAAUGACAUUUGGUUUAAAUGUUACAUCGAAGGUGUAUGAUGUAACAAAAGCCAGUAACAUGUGUUCAUCACUAAAUGGAUCAUGCCGGCUCAAAAUUCAGUUUCCUGACACUCAGUAUGUCAUAGUUUCAACACCUGACAAUGGUGACAUUGCUGGAUGGUACAUUGACCUAUCUUUUGUUGCUCGUGUUGUUACUUACAUUGCAAUUUUAGGUAUUUUCAUCAUUAUCAUUUUGCUGGUGCUGAAAUACCUUGGGGCAUAUAAUAGUGCGACAACAGUGGUUGAAACAGCAGCUCUGGAGAUAUCCUGGAGGACUGAGACUGACCCUAUAUUGCCAGAGAAGCCAGUUCGACUGACCUAUGGAACGACUGCAGAGGAAGACAAUGAUGCUGAAACAGGAUCAUCUAGUAGCUCUUCAGAGGAUUUAUAUGAUGCAAAAUUAUGUGUAAUAUGCUAUGAUGAUCAACGCAACUGCUUCUUUGUUCCUUGUGGCCACUGUGCCACUUGCUAUGAUUGUGCUCAAAGGAUUAUGGAGGAGGAUAACAAGAUGUGUCCAAUAUGUCGAAGACUCAUUCACAAAGUAAGAAGAUUGUUUAGUCCCUAGGAGCUACUGAAAUGGGAUUGUAAAUUCAUGUCAGCAUUGUCACUAUGGAGAGUGGUGGAGUCUUGCCUAUUGCAAACUGAGUGCCGUUUUGGUUUUUGUGCUGAGUGAGUCAUUGCCCUUGAUGCUAAUCGUUCCUUAGAAAGUUCUUUUUUCUCAAUCAAACAGCAUGGAAUAGUCUCCUUUCUCAUUUCUUUAUCACUUGGGAAAAUGGCAUAGUCUUGUAUUGGUUAAAUGAAUAUAGUGUGCUUGUGGCAUCAUUAUUAUCCAUUUGUUCCUACAAAAGGUUGUGAAAUAGACAAGAAGGUACUCAUUUCCAGACUGGAUUCAGACACCUACAGAGGACUUUGUAAACAGCUUCAACUUCAUGUCCUUGUGUUUUUGGGAAUAGAAAGUCACUAAAAUAGAUGACAAUUUAAUAUGAUACCAAAAAUUUACUCACAAGUGGAGACUAGUCAAGGAUAUAGAUUGAAGUCUUCGGAAAGUAGACAAAGGGGAAGGCAUUUUCCGUGUUCCAAGAAACAUGUCAUUUGCUUUGAACGACUUCUUCACUUUGUAGGCAAAAAGCCUUUGUACCCAUUGUGAAUGAAAAUAUUCGUUUGCUUUGCAGCACUAGUUGAUUUGCUCACAAGAUUACUGCAACUCGA